GACAAACUUUGGCUCAAAGAUAUCCUCCCAGAACGUCUUAGAAGACCCGCUCGUGUAAUGCUCUUCUCGUACAACUCUAGCCCUGCGAUAUCCGCAGCAGCCCUUAAACUUGACGAUCAUGCAAACAGCCUAUUGCAGUCUCUCAAUCUUAAACGCAAAGAUGAUCCGCAUAGACCUCUCGUGUUUGUUUGCCAUAGUCUCGGUGGUUUAGUUGUUAAGCAAGUUCGUGGCCGCUUGUUGGAUGACUCCUACCAGUCUUUAUUUGAGGCAACUCGUCUCGUUGUCUUCUUCGCUACCCCACACCAAGGUGGGAAUUAUGCCAACGUCGGCGAUGUCGUGGCUAAAAUAGCCUCGAUGACACUUAGAGAGCCUAGCAACGAUCUUAUAGACGCACUCAAGCGGGACUCAAUCGAAGCCACCAAGCGAUUUGAACAGGCCCGCCACGUGUUCGAGAGAUGCCUUGUCAUCAGUUUUUCCGAGAGUAGGCCGUAUGGCAACAUGGGUAUUAUUGUCGAUAAGAAGUCUGCAGUUUUGAAUCUUCCGGGUUCGCGUGAGAAGCAGAUAACAAUAGACGCUGAUCACGGCACGAUUUGCAAAUUU